UCCUGCCUUCAUGAUCGAAGAUUUGUGUCCCUUGCGAGUUUCCGUAGCGCGAUCGGUCCAAGUUUGGAUUUUGAGGAAGUGCUCAGCUAGCGGGCAAAUCACAAAGCAUCAGCGAGGAUCCUACGGUUAUUUUAAACAGAACGGCGUACAGCGUUUGCACUGAAAAUACACUAUGGCAUAUCAACUCUACAGAAACACAACACUCGGCAACAGUCUACAGGAGAGUCUUGAUGAACUUAUUCAGACUCAACAGAUAACACCACAAUUGGCCCUCCAAGUCCUUUUACAGUUUGAUAAAGCUAUCAACACAGCACUGGCCAACCGGGUCCGCAACAGGGUCAAUUUUAGGGGAUCUCUGAACACGUACAGAUUCUGUGAUAACGUUUGGACAUUUGUUUUAAAUGACGUUGAGUUCCGGGAGGUGACAGAUUUGGUCAAAGUGGACAAAGUAAAAAUUGUAGCAUGUGAUGGCAAAAACACUGGGUCUAAUGCACCUGAGUGAAAUCAAGGUGGAGAGAGAAGGGAACUGAAUUUGCUGGCUGAUGGGAAGGACGAGAAGAAUUGAAGAUGAG